CCUGCACUGUCUGCAGUCUCUGGUCAUCCCCUGCACUGUCUGCAGUCUCUGGUCAUCCCCUGCACUGUCUGCAGCCUCUGGUCAUCUCCUGUACUGUCCGCAGUCUCUGGUCAUCUCCUGUACUAUGUCCGCAGUCUCUGGUCAUCUCCUGUACUGUGUCCGCAGCCUCUGGCCAUCUCCUGUACUGUGUCUGCAGUCUCUGGUCAUCUCCUGUACUGUGUCCGCAGUCUCUGCAUCUCCUGUACUGAUGUCCGCAGUCUCUGGUCAUCUCCUGUACUGUGUCCGCAGUCUCUGGUCAUCUCCUGUACUGUGUCCGCAGUCUCUGGUCAUCUCCUGUACUGUGUCCGCAGUCUCUGGUCAUCUCCUGUACUGUGUCCGCAGUCUCUGGUCAUUUCUGUACUAUGUCCGCAGUCUCUGGUCAUCUGUACUCCGCAGUCUCUGGUCUGU